AUGGAGGAAAAAAUUAAGUCACUGUCAUUUAAUAAAAUUGUUACUUUUAUUCUUUUAAGUUGGAUAAGUCAUUUUGUAAUUUAUAUGAGUAAAUAUAACAAAUCAUUGUAUAAAUGCUACAAUAGUAGUAGAAUAUUAUAUAUAACAAAUUGUCGUUUACUGGCAAAAUAUAAGGAGGAUAAGAAUCCAAAUAUUGUUUGUUUAAAAGAAGAGUUACCAAAUGGCGUGAACAAUAAAAAGGAUAUAUAUAUAAAUGAAAGCCUGGACGCAAGAAAAAAAAAACAAUCAAAUUGUAGUUCAUCAAGUAAUACAAGAGACCAUAAAGCAGUUAUGAAAAAUAAAUCUUGUAUAUUUGAAACCAACAAAUAUUCCUAUUUGGAAAAAAAAAUAUUCAAAGAACUUGAUUAUGUGCAUUUUCUUAAAAACAAUAAAACAAUAAGUGAUAAGCUUUACAAAAAAAUAAUAGGUAAAAGACGCUCAUUAAAGAUCUCUUUUCCUUUGAUAUUGUUCUUGCUUUUAUUCAUUGCAUUCAUAGUAGAAUGUUUUUCUGGGUAUGGAGCUUCAAAUGGGAUAUAUAUUUUAUUGUUUACGUGCAUUGGUCAGCCGAACAUAAAAACUUUUAGAGAAAGUUGGUUCGGUAAACUUUUAGAAGACAUAUUUAAAACUGUUGUAGAUAAUAAUGGUACAGGAAGAAUAAUUUUUCUUAGAAAUAUAUGUUUUGGUGUAUUAUAUAUGUUACUUUUCAUUAUAUUAGGUACAGUAUUUAUAUCAGUGGUUAUUUAUUACCAUAAAAAAGUUAACAAAUAUAAUAAAAUUAAGUUUAGGAAAAGAUAA